AUGCCUUCGAGCAACCCGGACGCCCCCAACGCCUCCGGCCUCGCCGCAAACGAGACCAAGGCUUUGGAAGAGCGUUCUAUCCAGCCUCAUGAGGAGAGCAUCAUCCAGUCCAUCAAAGAGAUGUAUACAUGCAAGCCGAAGCAGUCUACCUACGAGAUUUAUAGCAAGGAUGCUGUCUUUCACGACCCUAUCGGCAUUGCCAAUGGCAAGGACUCCAUCAUAGCGCAGUUCAAUGCUCUUGCAAAGAUUUUCCCCAAGGCCGACAUCCCGAAGUUCCGCCUUCUGCAGAAUCCAUCCAGCGUGCCAUCUAGUACGCUCCUAAUCGACCAAGACGUCGCAUAUUAUCGCAAUCCGGACAAGGAGCCUACAAAGGUGGUGAACUCCCUGUUAACGCUUGAGACGUCGUCCGGUCUGGUUACCCGUCACACGGAGGAAUGGGACCACCGCCACGAACCCGCAUCUGGGGAUGGGUUCUUCGGGUUUCUGAACGAACAGAGGAAGAAAGCGACAGCUGCUAUGACGGAUAUGUUCACGAGCAAAGAGCCCCCUAAGAAAGAGUAA